AUGUCCGCUCCUGAAUUGACCGAUAUUCGUUCGCCAAUCAACUUGGAUAACCUCCGUACCUACUUGUCCAAAGUCUCGUCAUCAUCACCACAAACCCAUAUUGGAUCAGUGGCGGAAAUCCCUCGUGAUUUCACCACUGUUAAACAAUUUACAUUUGGUCAAUCAAACCCAACUUACUACUUGGAAGAUUCAGCAGGUCGUAAAUUUGUCUUGAGAAGGAAACCCAGUCCCAAUGCAAAAUUGAUCUCGAAACUGGCCCAUGCAGUUGAGAGAGAGUUUUUCAUCUUGAAUGGAAUAAACACAAUAAACCAAACAUCACAAUUGAAAGUCCCCGUGCCUCGCGUUCACUUAUUAUGUGAGGAUGAAGGAGUUAUCGGGUACGUGUUUUAUCUUAUGGAUUAUGUUAAUGGAAUUCAAAUUAAAAACCCCGAGAUCCCCGGGGCGUCGACCCAAGAAAGAGAUGAGUAUUGGAAAAGCAUAAUCACGACUAUUGCUGCUAUCCACUCUUUGGACUGUGAGAAGUUGAUUUCAUUAUUACCACCACAACAUUUCCCUCAAUUUCAAAAUAUCGAAAAAUUAAAACUGUCGAGUUACUUUCAACGACAAAUCAAGACAUUAACUGGUAUCCAUAAGUUGCAAUCUAAACAUGUGGACCCCAUCCCGGAUUUCGAUAAAAUCACUCAAUGGAUCCUUCAUCAUGGACCCAAAGACCCUACUAAAUUGACAUUAAUUCAUGGUGAUUUGAAAAUUGAUAAUCUUUUGUUCAACCCAGCUACAAAGCAAGUUUGUGGAGUUUUGGAUUGGGAAUUAUGUACCAUUGGCCAUCCGUUGUUUGAUUUAUCUAAUUUUUUGCAACCUUUUGAAUUCCCCAAUGCCGUGAAUAGAAUGAUGACACGUCCAAAUACCACCAAGAUGGGUAGAGAAAACCAAGAGCUGCAAGAAUUUCUCUAUAAGCAAUUGAGCAACUAUUCGAAAUUGGUUACAUGGGAUCCACAAGACCCAUCCAAUGAUCCAACAAAGUUGUGGAUUUUGGGUCAUGUGUUUGGGUUGUUGAGAUUGAGUGUUAUUUCACAAGGCAUUGCUAUGAGAUUGAAGAUGGGUAAUGCUUCAAGUGCUAAUGCCUCGGCUUUUGCUGGCAUGUAUCCUAGUCUUAGUGAAAUGGCGAUUGAGUACAUUGACAAAGAGGAUAGAAAGGCGAAAAAGUAG